AUGGCUCCUGGUACCAUCUCCACGCGUGUGAUGGUCAAUUCCGACACACAUGAGCACUCCUUGGAUGGAAGCACGAUGCCUCAGGUCGAUGUCCUUCUUCACACGGGAGAUUUAACCAACUUUGGGGAAGUGGAAUCAUUAAGGGAAUCUGUGCAGAUGCUAGGUACUAUUGAAGCAGAGCUAAAGUUGGUUAUCGCAGGAAAUCACGAUUUCUCCCUCGACGCUUCUCCGCGUGUCGAGAACAUGUCCGAUGAGGAGUACGCAAAAUAUCAUGAGGCGGCUCUCGAAAUCAUGAUCGGUCCAUCAGCAAAAGAGGCCGGAAUUACCUACCUCCAGGAAGGAACUUACACGUUUACCCUCAGCAACGGCGCCACAUUCAGAGUUUACACUUCACCGUACACCGCAGGAUCAGGUGGCUGGGCCUUUCCAUAUGAACCCCUUGAGGAUCGGUUCAGCGACGCCAAACGAACAGACAGAACCUCGAUUGCGACAAAUUCGAUUCUAUCAGGUGUCGACAUCGUCAUGACUCACGGCCCUCCGCACUCGAUCCUCGAUCAAGUCGAUGGCUAG